AUGCUGCCUCUUAUGCUUCCCGUAUCCGCCACGAGCGCCACAAUCGACAAAGGAUCAGCCGCACCUUAUCGGCGAUUUAAGGAGCGAUACUACUUAGGGGAACUGGUGCAAGAUAUUAAACAACAUUUGGGCCACUCUGGGGGUAUCUCAUCUGAAGAUGUUGACUCGGACUAUUUACGGUCUUUACUGGAGAAGUACAUCUCCGAUCCGAGCGACUGGAUCCAGUAUUUCCACAACGACCGCAGCAAGAACUAUACACGCAACGCGAUUGAGAAUAUCAACCACAAGGCAAAUAUUCUCCUUCUAGUGUGGAACCCUGGCAAAGGAUCACCAAUCCACGACCACGCAAACGCACAUUGCAUCAUGAAAGUCCUUGCUGGAGAACUUCAUGAGACCGUUUACAAAUCACCUGAUAACAAACCUGGGGAAUCCAAGCCACUGGAAAUCAAAUCUUCAACUACCUUUGGCAUGAACGAGGUGACUUAUAUUUCCGACGAUAUUGGGCUUCAUCGGGUUCACAACCCGAGUAGCGACCAGGUGGCUGUUUCACUGCACUUGUAUACACCUCCAAAUGCAGCAGACUAUGGCUAUCAUAUUUUUGAUGAAGCGACAGGGUCUGCAAGCCACGUGCCACAGGCACGCUCCUAUUUGAAGCCCCAGGAGAACUAG